AUGGAAAUGUCUGCCCUGAAAAACGCUCUUCAGGAACCUGUCCUCACCAUCGUAAUGAAUGCUUUUAAAAGGCAACGCCUCAAGAAAGCCAAAAGAGUGGCGCAACAGCAGAUGCUGGCAGCCAAUGCUCCGAGGCUUCAAGCGGACCCCAAACCUACUCCAGAGGCUAACACAGCAGCAGGAUUCGAGAAGCGGGCACUAAAGCGCAGGGUCCAGUCGUGCAUUUAA